CGGCUAAUUUGGAAAAGAAGGCGUAACUGCGAAAGUCAUACGUGAAGGGAAAUUUUAUGGAAUAAAUUAUUAUCCAUAAAUUGAGCCUUCCUUUGCUCAUUUCACUCACAAUUUUUGACACUAAUAAUCAUGGGAAACACACUUCAAAAAACUGACCAAAAUCAAGAACAAGAAUUACCAGAUGAAUCUGAACCAUUCACCUGCGAAAUUUGUAUAGAGCCUAUGUUAUUACCCAACAAAAAAUUCAACAAUCAAAAUCGCUGUGUUCAUCCCUUCUGUAUCGACUGUAUAGUAAAAUACAUUUCCGUUAAGCUCGAAGACAACGUUGGCAAAAUUCCCUGUCCAUCCCUAAGUUGUGAUCAAUUUUUGGACCCAAUUUCUUGCCGGAAUCUUGUGGGUCCCCAGCUGUUUGUUAAAUGGUCGGACGUGUUAUGUGAGUCUUCUGUAUUAGGGGUACCACAAUGUUACUGUCCGCAUAGGAAUUGUUCUGCUUUGAUUUUGGAUGAGUGUGGAGGAAACGCGAAGCGUUCGCAGUGUCCAAAUUGUAAGAGGAGUUUUUGCUUUAAGUGUAAGCUUCCAUGGCAUGCUGGAUUUCAGUGUGAAGAGAAUAGGGAAUUGAGGGAUACAAACGAUGUCGUUUUCGGUGUGCUUGCUGAGCUUAAAAAGUGGAAAAGGUGUCCACUGUGUCGGCAUUUUGUUGAACUUAGUGAAGGUUGCAAAAUUGUUAAAUGCAGGUGUGGUGCCAAUUUCUGCUACAGCUGUGGAAGAAGAGUUUAUCGACAUUGGUGUACUUGUGAUGCUGCUUCCUGGUUCUGCAUAAGGGCCGUCCAGUUCUUUUGCAUUCUUUUUGUUAUUCUAGCUAUCCUUUUCGUCUGGUGGAAUUUCCAAAUUAGUAAAAGGUCUAAAAACUAGACUUGUGUAUUAUAGAUAUUUGCUUUGAGGUUCAGUGAGAAAUAUUAUAAAUUUUUUAUUCAGCGCAGAAAAUAUAGCAUAAACAAGAACACAAAAACCUCAACAAGUUUGAAUAGAUGAAAUCUAAAUAUAAAGUUGUCAUGAAUUAUUGACUUGCUAA